GCGUACAGCGAGCUCGUGGUCGCGACGCCCAAGCGAGGCGACGCGCCGCCGGAGAUCUUCUGGGUGGACCCGCAGACAGGCGGCAGCAUCCGCAAGGAGGCGGUGCCCGGCGGUGCCGAGUGCGUGUCGAUGUUGCCGCUGACGAGCCCUGGCGACGCGGCCGAGUCGGGCGACGUCACGCCGGUCGCCGUCUUCGACAGCGAGCACCGUGUGCACACGAUGCCGUCCUCGUCGAGCACGGCCCACAAGACGCUCACGGAGAAGUCCGACAAGACCUUCCAUUACGAGGUGGACGGGUCGGCGCAGGUCGUGCAGGGCUUUGUCGUCGGGAGCAAGGGCGACAAGCUCAUCCGACUGUGGAAUCUGGAGCUCGGCUCCGUGGGCGAGCAGAUCCUGGCCACCGCGUCGCCUGCGCACAUGGAGUGGGGCCACGCGCCCGUCCACAUCAAGGGAGACGCGUCCAUCUUGUACAAGUACAUCAACAAGAACAUGAUCGCUGUGGCCUCCGAGAGCGUCACCGACAAUGUCACGUCCCUGAACCUCUACGCCCUCGACGCCGUGACCGGCCACGUGCUGCACAUGACGCACGUCAAGGGUGGCGUGGGCCCGGUGCAUCUCGCAGUGUGCGACAAUUGGAUAGCCAUGCACUACCACAACCCGAAGAGGACCCGCUACGAGAUCCUCGUGGUCGAGUUCUUCCAGGCCAAGACGGACGAUGGCCCCUGGGACAUCUUGUUCGGAGGCAAGGGGCUCAACCACUCGAAGUCUGGGCACCACCUGGACACUCCGGUUUCCCUGCAGCAGACCUACAUCUUCCCAGCGGCCGUCUCCGCCAUGGGCGUGACGGCUACGCUGCAGGGCAUCACCCCCCGCUCCGUCAUCAUGGCCCUCACCACGGACCAGGUGUUCCGCCUGUCGAAGGACUUGGUGCUCAAUCCGCGGCGUCCGCAUGACAAGGACAAGCGGUCGCUGUCCUCCGAGACCUACAAGGUCCCAGCCCAGUUCACGCCGACCGCGGACGAGCCGCUGGCUCUCUACGCCCCGCUGGUGCCGGUGAGGCCCACGGACGUCAUCUCCUACCACCAGGCCCUCUCGCAGGUGCGCGGCAUCGUCUCCACGCCCACGUCCCUGGAGUCCACCUCGCUGGUCUUCUGCUACGGCCUCGACCUAUUCUUCUCCCCGGUGCAAUCGGCAAAGGCCUACGACGUGCUCAGCCCAGGCUUCAACUACAUCACGGUUUUCGCAGCGGUCGGCUGCGUGGUGACCGGGCUGACCCUCUCGUCGCUGUUUGCCAAGCGGAGGACUCUGCAGGAGCGCUGGAAGUGA